CGCUAUUUAUUAUUAUUUUUUUUUUUACAAACGACUUUCGGUAAUAUGUUUAAUUUUGGCUUCCAUGGCAACCCGGAAAUGACGUUCAUAAACAAGGAAACGUAGAGGAAGUUCAGACAUCAGCCGUGUAAACCUCUUGCCAGUUCUUCGUGCAAACGCAGACAUAGUCAACAAUGGAGGGUUUAUCCAAAGGUCAGAGAACAGAGGAAACGCCCAAAAGUGAUGCUGCAUCUAAAACAUCUGUUGCUGCACAAGUGCCAUUUCUUGACCUGUGCACUGUUCUUGAGAAUAUCCAGAAAGCCAAAGCUCGACCAGACAAGUCCAAAUGUUUAAAAGAUUUCAUAGAUUCAUGGAGAAGGUUUCAUGCAGCUCUACACAAAGAUAAUCCCAGCACUACAGAUUCAUUUUACCCGGCCAUUCGUCUUAUUGUUCCUUCUUACGAAAGGGAGAGAAUGGCCUAUGGUAUCAAAGAAAACAUGUUAGCCAAGCUCUACAUUGAGGUCUUGGGUCUUCCAAAAUCUGGGCCAGAGGCCAAUAAACUUCUCAAUUACAGAGCCCCUACUACAUCCAAAGGAGAAUCUGGAGACUUUGCCCUUACAGCUUACUUUGUCCUCAAAAAGAGAUGCACAAGUAAGGGUAAUCUAAGUAUCAAAGAGGUCAAUGACUUCUUGGAUUCAGUAGCUAUGAAUAAUACGAGCAAACAGAAAGACCUUGUGAAGAAAAGCCUUUUACAUUUGAUUACUCAAAGCUCAGCACUGGAACAGAAGUGGCUUAUUCGUAUGAUCCUGAAAGACAUGAAACUUGGGAUUAGCAAGGAAACUGUUCUCCAGGUUUUUCACUCAGAUGCUCCAGAGCUCUACAAUGUCACUACAGACUUGGCCAGGGUGUGCAGACAGCUACAUGACCCCUCUGUUUCCUUGAACGAGGUAUCCGUCAGUCUGUUUUCUGCAUUCAGACCCAUGCUUGCGGCUGUUGCCAACAUCCGCCAAGUGGAGAAACAGAUGGGGAACCAUAUUUUCUAUAUUGAGACCAAGCUGGACGGUGAGCGGAUUCAACUUCAUAAGGAUGGGGAUGUAUACAAGUACUACAGUCGUAACUCGUUUGAUUACACACAACAGUUUGGGUCUUCACCACUAGAGGGUUCCCUAACACCGUAUAUCCACAAUGUCUUUAAAUCCCAUGUUAUCAAUUGCAUCUUGGAUGGAGAGAUGAUGGCUUAUAACCCCACCACUGAGACCUUCAUGCAAAAAGGCAGCAAAUUUGAUGUCAAGCGCUUGGUGGAUGACUCUGAUUUGCAGGCAUGCUUUUGUGUGUUUGACGUCCUGCUUGUUAAUGACCAGAAGUUUGGAAAUGAGCCUCUCGUGAAGCGUUAUGACACUCUCCAGACAGUCUUCACACCCAUCAAAGGCCGGAUCCAGCUGGUACAGUACACUGAAGCCAAAACCAGACAGGAAGUAAUAAAUGCCCUCAACGAAGCUAUUGACGACCGUGAAGAAGGCAUCAUGGUCAAAGACCCCAUGUCCAUUUAUAAGCCAGAUAAACGUGGCGAAGGCUGGCUGAAGAUCAAACCUGAAUAUGUUGAUGGCUUGAUGGAUGAAUUGGAUCUGCUAAUAGUGGGAGGCUACUGGGGAAAAGGCAGACGGAGCGGAAUGUUGUCCCACUUUCUCUGUGCUGUUGCUGAAACUCCAAGUCCUGGAGAGAAGCCAACAGUGUUCCAUACACUCUGUCGAGUUGGAUCAGGCUACACCAUGAAGGAGCUCUAUGAACUUGGCUUGAAAUUGGCCAAACACUGGAAAGUUUAUCGCAAGAGUAGCCCUCCGGCUGGCAUUUUAUGUGGAACAGAGAAGCCAGAGGUUUACAUCGAGCCAAGAAACUCUGUGAUCAUUCAAGUCAAAGCGGCAGAGAUUGUUACCAGUGACAUGUACAAAACCAACUGCACUCUGCGCUUCCCCAGGAUCGAGAGGAUCCGAGAGGACAAAGAAUGGUAUGAGUGCAUGACCUUGGAUGAGCUAAGUCAGUUUCGUGAUAAAGCCUCUGGCAAGCUGGCAUCCAGGCACCUUUACUUCCAAGAAGACGAGCUGCAAAAGAAGAAACGCAAACUCACAUCCAAGCCCAAAAAGACCAUUGACAUAGUUGGCCACUUCAAAUCCCAAGACCUGACGACAGUCACUAAAGAGACCGACAUGUUCGAAGAUGUGGAAUUCUGUGUGAUGAGUGGAAGCAGCAUGCAUUCCAAAGCCGAGCUUGAGAAGGCUGUGGCCCGUUGUGGAGGCAUCGUAGUGCAGAACCCUGGAAAGGACACGUACUGCGUGAUUGCAGGCAUUGAAAAUGUGCGGGUGAAGAACCUUAUCGGUUCAAACCAACAUGACAUAGUAUGGGCAUCCUGGCUCCUGGAAUGUCUGGACAGGAAACAGGUGCUACCAUGGCAACCACAACACAUGAUCCACAUGUCACCUUCAACAAAGGAACACUUUGCAAAAGAGUAUGAUUGCUAUGGUGACAGUUACUACGUCGACACCGAUGAGAAGCAGCUGAGGGAUGUCUUUAGCAGGAUGGGGCCGGUUGAGGUGGGCGCAGUAUCCAUAGCUUCAAUAGAGCAGAACUAUGGCUUGGAUGACCUGCCCACUAGCAUGUUCAGACCUUACCGUGCCUACUUCGAUGCAUGUGCUGUAAUCGGAAAUCCAGAAACUCUUAUUAUGAAUACGUGUCUGGACUUUCGUGCUCUGGAGUUUCGCUUUCAUGGGGGCAUCGUAGCAGAAAAACUAGAAGAAGGCAUCUCACAUGUGGUUGUGGAGGGAGAUGGUAGAUUGUUGGAGCUAAAGACACACAGACGCCUCUUUACUAAGAAGUUUAAGAUCAUUCAAGAAACAUGGGUGUCCGAUUCUAUUAAAGCAGGUCACGUACUUAAUGACAACGAUUACCUUGUAUAAGGCAGAGACGACUGCAUGAUGUGACACAUCACUUUAUUAUCUCAGAAUAAUCUUCAUCCCCACCAUUACUGAUGCUAAAACGAUGUCGCAUCUGGUCGUCUGUCUGCUUUGACUGCAAAGAAUUUUAAGGAAUAGAAAAAUCAUUGUUUAGCUAUUGUAUUUUAACUAUAGUUUUAUUAAUUUUUUAACAAUCGAAGAUUUUAGAUGAUGCUGUUUAUUUAGACAGAUAUGUUCUCAUGUAUGCAAGUCACUAAUUUUUAAUGGAGAACAACACUAGGAUAACAAGGACAUUUUAGUUUUUUUUUCCCGGAAGACUUUUGGAGAAUAAUAAUAAAUAAACACGUUUUAAUCUAUAACUGUAUAACUGUAAUUAUUGUUGUGAAUAAAGAUCAGAAAGAUGCCUUAAGAA